AGACGCAUGCGUCGCUAAAUGUUUUCCAUGCGUAAGUUAUGUCCUUUCCUUCCCCUGCUACUGAAGACGAGUAGUACAGCCUGCGACAGAGGGCGUCAAGAGAUAUAAGAUGUCUGGUGAACCUGAAGCAGGAGGAGAACAUGAUGUUCAAAUAGACAGUACUACUGGUCUUACUGCAUCUGAUUUGAUGUCAAAUCCACAAAUCAUGGCUGCUGUGCAGGCAAAACUAAAUGGUUUAAUGGGAGUGGGUACAGGUUUCAUUGAAACUUUACCAGAGUGUGUAAAAAGAAGAAUUAAUGCGCUGAAAAAUAUUCAAGUUGAAUGUGCCAAAUUAGAGGGGAAAUUUUAUGAAGAAGCUCACCUGCUUGAAAUGAAAUAUGCUGAACUUUUUAAGCCAUUGUAUGACAAACGAAAUGAUAUUGUCAAUGCUGUACAUGAACCAAACGAUGAAGAAGCAACUUGGGUUGAACCAGGUGAGGAUAACGAAGAGGAAGAAGAAGAAGAAAAGAAGAAAGCAGAGGAAGAAGAAAAAGCAAAAGCAGUGGAUGAAAACAAAGAAAAAACUGAGGAAGAAAAGAUUGCUGAGGAUGUUCUUAAUAAAUUAAAAAUGGAUGAAAAUACUAAGGGCAUUCCAGAAUUUUGGCUUAUUGCAAUGAAAAAUGUCGAAUUACUGGAGGAAAUGAUUCAGGAACAUGAUGAAGAGAUCCUAAAGCAUCUUAUCGAUAUUAAACUAAUUUUUACUGGUAAAAAAGAUGAUGGAAGUUCUGAUGAUUCAGAAAUGGGAUUUGUGUUAGAGUUUCAGUUUUCUCCAAACGAGUACUUCACAAAUACAGCACUCACAAAAACAUACAAAAUGAAAUCAGAACCUGAUGUAGAUGAUCCGUUUUCAUUUGAGGGACCUGAUAUUGUCUCAUGUACUGGAUGCAAAAUAGACUGGCAAAAGGGGAAAAAUAUAACUCAAAAACAAGUAAAGAAGAAGCAAAAGCAUAAAGGUCGUGGUCAAACACGUGUAGUAACAAAGACUGUCCAAAAUGACUCGUUUUUCAAUUUCUUCGAUCCACCAGAAGUUCCUGAGAAUGUUGACGAAGAUGACAUUGAUGAGGAGACUGAAGCAAUUCUUGCUGCAGACUUUGAGAUCGGUCAUUUCUUCCGAGAAAGAUUGAUUCCAAAGGCUGUUUUGUUUUACACUGGUGAAGCUAUAGAAGAAGACAGUGAUGAUGAAGACGAUGAGCUCGAUGAUGACGAGGACGAUGAUGAUGACGAUGGUGAUGACGAUGACGAAAAUGACCCAGAUUUUAAACCUGGUGAAAAACCUCAAGAGUGUCAGCAACAAUGAUCACAAAUGCUCCUGUUAUCGAAACAGGUUCUCCUCCCUCGUGAUGAAGACAGCUUGCGCAUUAUUGACACUUUUUAUAAUGGGGGUACGUUGAUUCGACCCCGUGGUGAUGUGCUCAUUGAUCAAUCAGUCUUGUAUUGAAAAUUUCUGAGGUGUUUAGAAACAAUUUUUAUCUGUUAACACAAAUGUGUUAAAAAUAAAAUUUAUGAACGAAAUUGUCCGUAUGUAAAUGUUAAUAAAUGCAAAAAAAUAUCUUCCUUUUAACAAUUA